GUCUGACUUUCAACUCUCAAAUGUAUUUAUUUCUGUAUAUUCCGACAAAUCACACAAAAUCUUUCGAUACUCCCACAAACACAAAGCAUCUAUAGCGUACUCCAAACUCUGAAUUGUCCAUUCCGUAUUCCUCAUUCCAAAUUCGACGAAACCCCUCAAGUGCCAUGACACAGUUGCGCAUGCGCCGAAUGCAGAUGCGAGCGGAGGAGUUGGUGCGAGACUUCUAUGAAUCGAUGCUGUUGCUGACGCUGGAUCUGUUGCUGCAGUGGAACCAGUGGCAUGUAAUACGAAUGCUAAAUGCCAAGAAGCUGCCCGAUGAGCUGCCCGAGCCGCAGGCCCUCAACUGGUCGACCAUAUUCUUUGCCAACGGCCUGCUGCUAACCUUGGCCCAGUACCGACCGCAGCGGCUAAAACGGUACGCGCCAGUGGUGCGGAAGCUCCUGCUGCUGCUCGAGCUGUUCGUAAUGCUCUUUGUGGUGGAUUAUGUGCUGCUUUCCAUAUGGCAGCCAUUUUUUAACAUAUUCGAUCAGGCGCUGCACGCUCUGGGCCAUUCCAAGUGGGCGUGGGCUAAAUUCAUAUUCCAUUACUGUCCCGGACUUUCCACUUGGCUGAUUAACGAUGCUUUCUACUUUAUGCGCUUUGUGGCCUCGUUAUCGUGGUUCCUGCUCGCCGUCGAGAGUGCAGCUGUCAAAUGGCGUCUGGCAAUUGAUUUUCUGCUGCUGGGUCAGCUGCCCCAAGCAAAUGCAGUGCAGCGCAGCCGGCGGAAACGUCAUCAGUCUAAGUCUCCAUCCGUUCAAAAUUAACGUAUUGUCCAAACUUUGCAGAGUUCCUUCCAUAAUUUAUCACUCCCGUUAAGUAGCAUAUUAUCGUAUUGUGAGCCGCACAACAAGCGGCCAGUAAAUUGAUGCCAGCUAUCAACAGAUGUUCAAUUUUGUAUAUAUUUCUAUAUCCCUCGUGCUCGUAUCAAGAUAGCUGAGUUGUAAAUAUGGGCAGAAUAUAUCUCUUAUAUUGAAAAGAGCUCGCCGCGUUAAUACAGUCCAAGUACAAGCAUUCAGCGAACUGUGGACUCCAAAACUAUAUUUCCCACAGCUUAUUAAAUAAUAAUAGGAAACAGAUAUAUAUGUAUAUAUAUAAACAGGUGUACAUGCAUAUUUUAAAUUAUUGAGAUUAAAUUA